CCACGGAGGGUAAUCGCUUUGCGUACUGACGGUCAAAACACGUGACCUUGAUGUACAGCGGUAUUUAUGAACUAUGAAAAGCAGAAGAAAGUGUUUAAUUUAGAGAAAACAACAGUGACGGGUAUCUGAAUCCCGAAGCAGACCACUGGACUUGAAAUCAACCCACAAACACGUGUUGACCUUCCACAAACACAAAAGGGCUGCAUUCAAAGACACAUGGAGAAAUUCCUACAAAGAACAAAAUAAUAGAACUAAAAAGGAGAGCAUAGAGACCUUGAGGAUAUAGGCUACUGAAAUAUAAAACCCAGUAAAAGAGGAAGAAGAAGACCAAGGAGAGAGACAUUAGAAAAGAAGAAAGAAGAGGAGGAACUCAAGGUGUUUCCAUGCUUCAUCGAAAAACAAAGCAUUGACAUCAUGUCCAGCAGCUCAGAUUCUGAAGAUGAUGAGAGAUUCAGAGCAAUUUGUGACCCAACGUUAUCUGCGAAUUACAGUAAAAAUGAUACCUUAGCAGAUUUGAAUGGAGGAGUUCAGCCUCAAGGAAAGGAAGAGAAAGUGGAAAUUGAGGAUGAUCGACCCUCUUUUCUUCUGUUAAAGAGAAUUCAGAGAUGUACGGCUGCAGAUGGAGCUCAGAUAGUGAGAGGACAUGGGUUAAGAGCUAGUGAGAAAGUGAGAUGUUCAUCAAAUGCCAGGAGCAACAGAAAGGGAGAAGCAGAUCUUCCGUCAUCAAUAUCCAAAUAUUUAGGCAAACAACUUACAGGAAUUCUAGACAAGAAUAUUGUCGUAUCUGCAGGUGAUGUUACUGCCAGGGAGUUGAGUAUUCAGCCACAAAAUCAAAAUGGAUGUUCUUUUCAGUUUGUAAAAGAUAUUGAGAUUGAAAAUUCCUUACAAGCCUCCGAAAAUGCUCCUGAGACUAGCAGUGCAAACAAAAAAAGGAAAUCCAUGAAAUAUCAGUGCAAGACUUCUUAUGACGAGAAACAAAUUGCAGCCCAGUGUCAGGCAGUGGCAGUGACUCCCGAGUGGAUCCUAAGCAGAAGUGGUGAUUACCCUUGGCCACAUCCAAAAAAUAUAAGAUAUUUAGAAAAAUAUCAGGUGAAGGAAAGGAGAGCCAAUGGCGUUAUUGUGGCAGUUCCAUUGGAUGAAGCUCCAAGGAGUAUGAAUGCGUGUAAUGGUAACAGCACAACACUCAAUGCAUUAAACCCACCGAAAAAAAAAAUCAAAGACGCAAUUCCCGAGGAUCAAGGAAAUGGCUCAACAGAAGAUAAGGGAGGACUGAAAAGUACACCAAAUAGCAUACUUAUAAAUGGUGAAGAUGACAAUACAAAAAAAAGGAAACAAGGUAGAAAGAGGGGAAAGAAAAGUAAGUGUACAAAAAAAACAAAUGAGUGCAAUGACACACCAACUUGAGGAACAAUAAAUUUGGUUGAAAUAAUA